AUGUCGUCCGCAUCAACUCUUCCAUUGCAAGGGAAAGUGGCGAUUGUCACCGGCGGAAGCAAAGGAAUUGGAGCAGCAAUAACACUUCACCUCCUCUCCCUCGGCGCAAACGUGGUCUUUUCCUACUCCAGCGAUGAAUCCAGCGCGUCUGCUCUUGAAGCAAAAAUCAAUUCCGAGUUCCCUGCACCCCACGGUGCCCCUCCUCGAGCAGUUAGCUUCAAAGGAGACUCGUCGUCCAUACCGGAUAUCGAUGCAUUGGUGGACUAUACCCUCAAAACAUACCACCACCUCAAUAUCGUUGUGGCGAACGCGGCUAUCAUGUCCCUCCAGGACCUUGCACACACAACCGAGGAGAUCUUCGAUCGUCACAUGAGUGUCAACGUGAAGGGCCCCUUCUUCCUUGCCCAACGCACUGCACAACAUCUAGGGGAAGGUGGUCGAAUCAUCUUCCUCUCCUCAUCCCUCAUCGCCAACAGCUCGGUUGCACCACCAUACCUCGUAUAUCUCGCCACCAAAGGUGCUAUUGAACAAAUGGUUCGGGUGCUAGCCAGGGAUCUCGCAAAAGGGAAAAUCACAGUCAAUGCAGUCGCACCUGGACCUACAGCGACCGAUAUGUUUUUGAACGGGAAGUCCGAUGCUUUGUUGCAGGCCAUCAAAUCGUCAAUUCCGAUGGGUAGAUUUGGUACACCUGAAGAAAUUGCAGACAUCGUUGGAUUUUUGUCGGGAGAGGGUAGCCGUUGGGUGUCGGGACAAGUGAUAAGGGCAAAUGGUGCUAUGGCGUAG